CUCCAGGAAAGUAAGUUUGUCGCUGAGAAGUUAGAACAGCGACCACAACGACGUACAUGUGUUAGCCUCAGGGCUCCAAAACGCUGCAGCUCCAUGUGCGCGGCUUAGGUCAUUCCACGCUCCUUCCAAUACGCUCCUUGCACUACUAGCCAUGUUAUCCUCUCUACUGCCACACUGUCUUGUAUUAGCUGCACUAUAUACCCUCUGCUCUAUACCCCUAGUCCAGGCAUGGAUACAAUACCCUCCAAAUGGCAACGCCACGAUGACACACUACACGCUACCACAGAACUACAUCGCCGCCUGUGGAUGUACUGCCGCAAGCACGCAUUACCCGACCGUUGCCAUGAGCCAGAUGGCCUUUGGCAGCAGUACAGCAUAUGGUCCUGGUUGCGGUCGUUGUUUCAAAUUGACUCUCCUUAACACAUUCACAAGUGACCCACCCUUCUUCCCGGAUGUAAACAAGAGCUUGGUGGUGAAGGUGACUGACCUUUGUCCUACGGGAGGAAAUGGCUGGUGUUCUGCGACCUCUGAUAAGGCUAAUCUUGGCGGAGAAUUCAUUAACUUCGACCUUGCUUGGCCAUCUCCUGCUAUACCCGAUGAUUUUUUCCCGUCAAACGUUUCAUUUUACGGUUACGCCGACUUUGGCGUCUGGAACGUCAGUUACGAAGCCGUAUCUUGCUUACAGGGUUGGGCGGGGGCGAGACAGAACGCUGCCCUCGGAAGUGUUGACGACGGCUCUAGUGUCUGCUGUCCGGCAGAUCCUACUGGAAAUGUUAACGAUACCUGUCCGUCUUACUCCGACCAGAACGGAAUACCCCCAGAUACCACCACGAGUUGGGCCCCAGCAUUACUCACUGGAUCUAUACCAUCUCGAGCCGUGUUGUCAUUACUGUUUGUGUUGGCACUUCUGGCUUGCUCGAUAUGAUAUCUUUGUAACUUCACAACAGAGUUGGACUUUCGUAGCGCCUCAUUUCGUACUUCUUGAGUAUAGCGUCUAUGCAAUGCGCGAGCCCUGAAUCCCCGGCGGUAUAUGACAUUCUCAC